UGAGUUGUAGCACCAAGCCGAACCUAAUCUAUUACAAACUCUUCGUUAAACAAACAAAUGUCAAAAAAUUGUGUGUGCCUGCAAAGGAAAAUUUUGUAACUUUUCUUAUAAUUUUUGUACGAAUGCAUCAGUUAAAUUUUUAUACUUAUAUAUCUUAGUUUUAAAAUCACUUUAUAUAUUAAGAACACAAGAACAUAAUAAAAUGCUUUCAAUACAACAAAAAAACUGAAAUGUGAAAAAAUUUGACUGAAAGUAGCCAAAAAUGAAUUGAAAUAGGGGAAAGGGAAAUUCGUGCACAAGGAAAACUGGAUGCCUUAACAAGGUGGUAAGGUUAAAGGCGCAAAAGUGAGUUUUGAAAGAAACUAGCACUUAAAGAAGACAACGCCAUACCAAACCAUGAUAUAACCAUUACAAGGUUUCCCUAAAUCGUGAAUUCAUUUUAGAAGAUCAAAUUGAAAGAUUAACAGUAGUCCAAUGUAUUAAAACAUUGACUGAAAAAACAAAACAAAACAAAACAAUAAAAUAAAAUUAUAGUCCUUAAAAAACUUAUUAACAAUAAUGCACAUUAAAACUCUACAACAUGCACACGCAGCCGCUGCGCAACUCUCCAAUUGUGAGAUCGUUAUUGUAUCGCCAACAGCAAAUAAUGUCAACACAAAUGGCAAUAAUAAUAAUACAGCUAGUAGCAACGAAAACACAACUGGAGCGCAUCAGCAGCAGCAGCAACAACAACAGCAACAACAACAACAGCAGCAGCAACAACAACAACAGCAACCGCCAACUACAACUGAAAUAGCACUACCAUUCAAUAUGCAUCUCACUACUGUAAAUGCUGAAACACACGCAGCAGCACAGGCUGCUGCAAUGGCUGCAGCACAGGCGGCAGCAGCACAAGCAGCAGCUGCUGAACAACAACAGCAGGGAAAUGGAGUAACAGUUACGCAUCAUGCUAUUUUUCAACAGCAUUCACUGGCACAUCUUGUGGCAACAGCAGCAAAUAGUCCUGCAAUUUCAGAACAGCAAGUAAGCGGGCAUGAUACUCCGGUUUCGAAUGGACACAAUGGCACUGGUACAUCACAUGAGAAGCCCUUUCAGUGUAAUGUAUGCGAACGAAGAUUUCGACAACUAAGUACCUUAACCAAUCAUGUUAAGAUACAUACAGGUGAAAAGCCCUAUAAAUGCAAUAUAUGUGAAAAGACAUUUCGUCAAUCGUCCACACUAACUAAUCAUUUAAAAAUUCACACGGGCGAGAAACCGUUUACAUGCACAUAUUGUCCAAAAAAUUUUCGGCAAUUAAGUACCCUGACGAAUCAUCUCAAGAUACACACAGGUGAAAAACCUUUUGAAUGUGCGGUAUGCAAAAAACAAUUUCGACAGUCUAGCACACUUAACAAUCAUAUAAAGAUUCAUGUUAUGGAUAAGGUUUAUGUACCCGUUAAAAUUAAAACUGAGGAAGAAGAGGGAUGACUAGAGGAUAUGGUGAUUGCUGGC